AUGGCGUUUUCCAAGGUUUCCCUCUUCGUUCUUCUCAUAGCCGCCGCUUGCGUCCUCUGCGUCUCAGGCCAGACCGAGCCCUAUCUUGUCACCAAGGCCCGUCUGACCCGCGCAGCCGCCGUCAGCGCAACCAACGACUACGACAAAGCCAACGCGCUCGUUGCGCAGCGCGCGCAGGAGCUCAACGAUGCGAACAAUGCCCUGGCGGACGCCGCUGCGGCGUAUAACGACGCGUUGCCCCUCGUGAACCGCCUCAAGGCGACCCUCGCGCAGAAAAUAUCGGCGAAGGACAAGACCGCUUCCGUGAUUCCCGGUCUGCAGGACAACCUCGAUGCAGCAAAGGCCGGCCUUGCUAAGUCCAACGCCGCGUCGGGGACGGAUAGCACCGAUGCGCUUGCAAAUGCGCAGCAACGUGUAAACAUGACGGCGCAGCAGGUUGACCGUCAGAAGGAAACUCUUGUUAGCGUUAACUCGCUUGUCGAGAAAGCGGCUGCUAGGGUCGCCGCCAAUCCCAACAUGACGGCUGCGGAGGCGGAUGCUGCUCAGGCUGCGCUCGAUGAUAAGACGGCGCUGCAGACGCUCGCGAAGCAGAUUCUGGACGACAUGGUCGCACAGGCGAAGAGCGCGCAGCAGGCGCUGGCGAAGGCGCAGGACGCGGCGAGCAACCCCGACUCGACGGGCUCCGCGCCGGGGGGCCAAUCGGCGGUCGACGCGGCGCAGGCGGCGCUGGACGCGGCGGUGAAGGCGGACAACGACGCGGCGGCAGCGGUGGCGCAGGCGACGAGCGACGUGAACGACGCCCUUGCUUCGGUUCCCGCGAAAUCCGCGGCGGUGAAUAGCGCGAAGAUUGCGCAGAGCAAGGCUGUGAUUGCGAAAACGAGCGCGGACAACAAUGCUGCGGCGAUGAAGAGCAGGAUGGACGCUGCUGUGGCUGUUGCUGAAUCUGCUGAGUCUGCCGCGAAGAAUGCUGGUUACUCUUGGACGUGGUAA